UACUGUAUAUACUAUGGUAGUGGUAUAGAGUCUGUAUAGUAUAGUAACGGUAUAGUCUGUAACGGUCCACGAUAGAAGAUUAGUGUUGCUAGAUGAACUGGCUGCUGCUGACUAUUUGUGAAAAGUCAUAGACGCAGUGCAUAGUCUAAAGUGCAAACGUUUCGUCUUGCGUCAACUCAAUCUUUGCCGUAGUUCAUACCUUCGAUUUAUCUCCUUUUCCUCCGUUAAAAGCCUUACGUUCAUGGUCAAAAUGAAAUGUACUACGUUGUACUUCACUGCCGUAGUAUUACUUCUCGAUAUUGUUGGAUAUACGUAUUCGCAAGAAAAUUUACCAUCUGCUGACGAUGUGUUGCAACAGAUCGGUAACGUGGUAGGUGAUACCCCAGAAUUAAAAAACUUGAACACAUCGGCGUUGCCUAAUAUCGAAGAAGCCAAAAAUCUUUUUAGGGAAAAGUGUACAAAAAAUGGCGGACUAAAUGCAUUCGAAAAUGCCCAACGCGCCCAGAUUGAGAUGGGACAGUGCGUCCAGUCACUCAUUAAUAUUACAGAACUUCAGGCGGAGAUGGAAAAGUACAAGCCAACCGGUGAUUUAGAUAUUGUAUUCAGGAACUAUUGCAACAAGCGUUCCACUCUGCGAGCUUGCGUGAAUAAUUUCAUGCAGACAGUGGAGCAAUGUCUGGACGAGAAAGAAAGAGAGAAUAAAAAAAUAAUACUGAAUAUUACUGAUUCCCUAUUAGAAUUUAUAUGCUAUAAAGAAGGAGAUCGCAUCGCUCUUUUUAUAUCAGCUGGAGGACCAGAGUGCUUCCAGGAUAAACAACAAGCAAUUCAAGAUUGUGCUAAUCGUACAUAUGGUGGUUACAUACCAAAAACUGAUCCGUCUAAUAAUGGCUUAAUGGGUUUGGAGAAACUGCCGUCAUUAACUUUUGGUGACAAAGAAUGCAGGGACAUGUCCAAUUUUCAAAUCUGUGUUGUGACGGAGUUAGAAAAAUGUUCUGAUCCUACGCCUGCGAACAUAAUGGAUGCCAUUUUUAACUUUGUAAAAAGAGUAACGCCAUGUGAAAAUUUACUCAAUGCCCAAAGUGCCGCUGUUACCGGUACACAGUCCAAUGCUUCGCAUAUAAAUGCUUUUUCAAUCGUAAUGAUAUUGUUUAUUAUUCUCUUUCAUAACAGGCUAUAAUAGUUUUAUUUAUAUGUAACAAUAUAAACAUUGUAAAGCUUUAAAAUAUAUUCCAAAUACGACGAAUAGAGACAUAUGAAAGUUUAUAUAAAAAUAUCAGUCGAAUUGAUUGACGAAUUCAUAGUUGCGAGCAACAGAUAUUCGUUUUCGAAUUUUGUUUUUAUAUUUUAUUGUUAUAAGUGCCUUUUAUACUUUUACAAAGUAAGAUUUCAAGGUUUUUCUCGUACAAGCACUACUUUUUUUCUUGUAAAAAUAAAAAUAAAUAAAAAACAAAAAU